AUGGAAGGGGAUGAACUGAUUGUGAGGAGGCAGUGGGUCUGUUCAAAAGAAGGAAUGUCAAGGAUUAAGCCGAGGAAGGAAAAAGAUGUGGAUAAGGACAGAACCCCCAAGAAGCAGAACAUCGGCGAGGUGAAGAAAUCGAGGAGGAGUACGAUACCGCGGGGGAGGAGAUACACUAGAGUGAACUGCCCAGCUGCUUUCAACAUACAGAAGAGGAGAAAGGAGCAGGUCGAUGGAGAUGCACAGGCUGCUUUGACCUGGAUGAACAUGAGGGGAAUGGAGUCAAGUCAGUUCUGGUGCAAGUAUAGCACGGACGAAGAAGGGAGACUAGCCAAUCUGUUUUGGAGGGACGAACAAUCACUUUUGGACUACAGCGCAUACGGUGAUGUGUUGGUUAUGGACAGCACGUACAAGACAAAUCUGUAUGGGAAGCCGCUUGUUGUAUUUGUUGGCUGCAACAAUCACAGAGCGACUGUUGUGUUCGGGUUCGCCCUUAUACGUGAUGAGAAGGAGGAUACGUACAUAUGGGUGUUCAGGAAUUUUCUCGAGUCAAUGAACUAUAAACAGCCUGUAUCAGUCCUAACUGACGGAGACCAGUCGGUCAGAAAUGUAGUAGUGUGUUUGAUGCCAGGAGCUCGUCACAGGCUAUGUGUGUGGCACAUUGGAAGAAACAUAGGGCAAAAUGUGAAGGAUGAUGCAGCUCAAAAACUUAUUGGAAACAUGAUUUAUUUGUCAAUGAGUGUUGGUGAAUGGGAGGCCGCCUGGCAUUCAAUGGUGGGUAGACAUGGCUUGUCUGACAAUGCAUGGGUGGCUAGCUUGUAUAACAAACGGGAAAGGUGGGCGGAGGCAUUCUUCAGAGGGCAUUUUUUUGGUGGAAUGUGCAGCACCCAGCGUGUGGAAGGCAUGCAUUCAAAACUGAAAAAGCAGAUUGGGAGGUACACCAGGCUGUGUGAAGUAAUGCCAAGAAUGGAGAGGACACUGGGGCGCAUCCGGAACCGCAUUCUCUAUGACAACUUCCUGUCGAAAAACAGAGCACCCGUGUACGAGACGCACAUGAGGGGCAUUGAGGAAGAUGCAUGCAGGCUGUUCACACAUGACAUAUUUGUCAUGAUUAAGUCUCAGAUCUUGUUUGAGAGGAAGUUUGUUAUGGAGCGUGAAGUAGCCUUCAAUAUUUCGGACUCUGUGAUGUUCUACCUACGGCAAUAUGACAGGCCGGAACGGAAGUGGUGUGUUGAGUUCCGUUCAGACCCGGCUAAUCCGAAGUGGCUCUGUUCUUGCAAAUUGUUCGAAUCAGACGGAAUUCCCUGCGGUCACAUUUUGAACAUUUUGAAGUAUCAGCUUGUCUCUAGAUAUCCCAAAAGCCUGAUAUCCAGGUGGUGGACCAAGGCUGUGAGUGAAACGACAUUUGCACCAAGACUGAAGGGCCGAACUGAUGAUAAGUCGGCAAAGGUUGCACGGUAUUCUGCCCUCAUAUCAGAAGCCUCGAAAGCAUGCCAAAAUUACGCAUUUUCUGACGAAGGAUUCAAGGUGGGAAUGACUGAAUUUGUGAGGCUCGAUGAAACUUCAAGCGAAUUCCGUGUGGAUUUACCAACGGACACAGCAAAUGUGCCUCCAAUCAGCAACGUUGUGAGGGACCCAACAGUAUCCCGUACAAAGGGGAUGCUUCUAAUCCUUGCACAAACACUGAAAAUGGAACCACUGGGCAACGUGUGUGCCGAUUAUGUUUCAUGCCCGGUCACAACAGGCGCACAUGUCCUGGUCGGGAUGAAGUUGCUCCCGCUCGUGAAGAUGUGCCUUCAACGGGUUCAGUACCUCACCCCGCAGAUUCAGUCAAUCAGUCCACACAUUCAGUAG